AGUUUUAUUUCUCUCCAAAUAAAAAACCCCUGAAUCAACCAACAAACAAGCUAAAUUAAAAAAUGCCAAUACCUAAAAAAUUCUUUCAAGCUCGAUCCUAUCCAAACAGCAGCUUAUUAACAACAGCAGCUAAUCGUAGUAAAUCACCAAUUUUUAUUAUAAAAACACUCUGUUUAGUGAUCGGCAUAACUGUUUUAUUAUUUUUAAUUAUUCCAAAAAUCACAACAAUUGGAAAUACUAAUAAUAAAUGUAAGUAUAGUAAACCUCUAUCUGUAUCUGUUGUGUGGGAUAAAAGUGGCAGUGGCAGUGGCGGUGCUGCUACUGAUGGAGAUCAGAAAAGACAUAAAGUUAUGGGAUUUGUCGGAAUUCAAACCGGUUUCGGAUCGGUUGAGAGACGAAAAGCGUUGCGAAAGACUUGGAUGCCUUCUGAUCACCAAGGUCUUCAAAGAUUGGAAGAGGCUACAGGCUUAGCCUUCAGGUUUAUCAUUGGCAAGACUAGCGAUGCAUCAAAAAUGGCGGAGCUUAAGAAAGAAGUGGAGGAAUAUGAUGACUUCUUGAUGUUGGAUAUUGUUGAGGAGUACAGUAAGCUUCCAUACAAAACGUUAGCCUUCUUCAAAGCUGCCUAUGCACUAUAUGAUUCUGAGUUUUAUGUCAAAGCCGAUGAUGACAUAUAUCUACGACCAGAUCGCCUCUCACUGCUCUUGGCAAAAGAACGUUCUCACUCACAGACUUAUCUCGGAUGCAUGAAGAAAGGUCCUGUGUUCACCGACCCAAAACUCAAAUGGUAUGAACCUCUAGGAUACAUGCUUGGGAAAGAGUACUUUCUUCAUGCUUAUGGUCCACUGUAUGCUCUUUCUGCAGAUGUUGUUGCAAGCUUGUCUGCUCUUAGAAACGAUAGUUUCCGGAUGUUUAGCAAUGAGGAUGUUACUAUCGGCGCAUGGAUGCUUGCAAUGAAUGUCAACCAUGAGGAUAAUCGUCAACUUUGUCAAUCAGAAUGUACUGCUUCAUUCAUUUCUGUGUGGGAUAUUCCCAAGUGUUCAGGGCUCUGUAACCCUGAAAAGAAGAUGUUGGAACUUCAUAAAAUGGAAAGCUGUGCAAACAGCCCAACUUUACCAUCCGAUGAAGACUAGGAACAGGUGCACUAUAAAAUUAGUCUUCUGACGUGUACCUUUGCUCUUAAACUUUACAUCAAACGCUUAGAUAUUUGAUCUGCUUGUAUCUCAUUCUUUCAUUAUAUACCAACCUGAUCAAUAGUACAUUUGGAGUGGCACUGAUUUUAUGUAAACACUAGUCAUAGAGGUGAGAGUAUCUUUGUUACCGGGAGCAUUCAAUUAUAUAGAUAUAUGGCUGUAAUACUUUGACUGAACAUUAGUUGUUAUCAUGGAGUAGAAUCUAUUGUAUCACACAAUGCCUUUCACCAUAUUAUAUGCGAGAGCUUACUCAAAAUA